AUGGAAACUUUUGUCCAGCAGGCAGAGAUGUUUCGUGAACGCCAGAUUGAAGUGGAAUUGGCUGCGGAUCGCGAAGGUCGUCUCUGGCAUGAAGAACGAGAACAGCUGUUGUGUCGUGUCGAGGAGGGUCGAAUGAUGGUGGAUCAGUGGUGCACACGUCUGUUGCAUCGUGUACGUAAUCGGGUGAACUAA